UUAAGUUUUAACUAGUUCUUGGAGCUUGAUUAGUUUUCUACAAUCUAGCUCCAACGGUAAGAAUUCCACCCGGUAGCUCCAAUGGCAAGCGUUGCUCCUGUAGUUGAUGCGGAGUACCUAAAGGAAAUUGAGAAAGCACGUGAAGAUCUUAGCGCGCUUAUCAUUAGCAAGAAAUGCGCACCCAUUAUGCUUCGCUUAGCGUGGCAUGAUGCGGGAACUUAUGAUGCUAAAACAAAAACUGGUGGUCCUAAUGGAUCAAUAAGGCAUGACAGUGAACUUAAGCAUGGUGCAAAUACUGGCUUGAAUAUAGCAAUAGAAAUUUGUGAGGAAGUAAAGAAGAAACAUCCAAAGAUUACUUAUGCAGACCUUUACCAGCUAGCUGGGGUUGUUGCAGUAAAAGUCACUGGAGGGCCAACUAUUGACUUUGUUCCAGGAAGACAGGACUUAUUAGAAUCUGAUGAAGAAGGACGACUACCGGAUGGUAAAAAAGAUUUACAGCAUCUGAAAGACGUAUUUUACCGAAUGGGGUUAUCUGAUCAGGACAUCGUGGCAUUGUCUGGAGGUCACACACUGGGAAGAGCGCAUAUAGAGAGGUCAGGUUUUGAUGGCCCAUGGACAAAGGAGCCUCUGAAAUUUGAUAAUUCCUACUUUGUAGAACUCCUCAAAGGAGACACUGAAGGCUUAUUAAAACUUCCAACAGACAAGGCUCUACUGAAUGAUCCCAAGUUCCGCCACUAUGUGCAACUAUAUGCUACGGAUGAAAAUGCAUUCUUCAAAGACUAUGCAGUAUCACACAAGAAACUUUCUGAACUAGGGUUUACACCGAAAAGUAGUUCCCCGGCUCAUCAGAACAUAGCAGAGGAACUAGGGUUUGCACCGAAAAGUAGUUCCCCAGCUCAUCAAAACAUAGUAGAGGCGGCAAAGAACAGUCCACUGGUGCAACAAAGCGCAUUAAUAGUGGCAAUUGCAGCAGCUAUGGUGAUACUAGGUUACAUCUUUGAAGUUCACCGAAGAGUCUAAGUAGCUCAUGUGUCAGGAUGAAUUCAACAUAUUACUGCUCGUAAUAAACACUACUCUAAAAGAAUUAUUGAUUGUAAUAAGGGAGAAUUGGAAAAAUGCCCCAAAACUGGGUGCAAUGUUGGAAAUCUGCCCCAACAUUUAAAAAGUUGGAAAAAUGCCCCAUUCCGUUAGAAAUCCAGUUAAGUCACAUGUGUGAGCUUAUACAUGCGAAAAAAAAGCCAAAUAUAUCCUUCAGAAUUCAGGGUUUGGGGUUCAAAAUUCAGGAUUCAAGGUUUAGGGUUCAAGGUUUAAGGUUCGGGUGGUGGUGGCGUUGGUUUAGUGGUGGUUCUGGUGGUGAUGGUUGUCAUACACAUGUGACUUAACUGGGUUGGAUGGCAAUUUUAACGGAAUGGGACAUUUUUCCAACUAUUUUUGACGUUGGGGCAGAUUUCCAACAUUGCACCCCAUAUUGGGGCAUUUUCCCAAUUUUCCUCUGUAAUAAUCCGUAACUACU